GCAGGGGGCUUCUGUUUUUCCUUUUUUCUUUUUUUCUGGGUUUGUUUGGAGUAGCAGAGGCCUCAUACUUGGGUCUAUUUUUGAACUUCAGAAAGAGCUCAACAGUGUCCCCCAUCGGCGUCGUGGCGAUGGAGGGCAUUGGACUCUUCCAGUGUUGACAGAGCCUUUACCAAAUGCCUCCCUGUUUCUAUGGACCGGCUUUUAUGAAAUGCCUUCCGAUCAUGGGCAUUGGCUACUUGUCAAUGCCUUGCCUGGGGCCAUUUGUGGCCGGAAUAGUGGCCAAUGGGAGGUAGCAGCAGCGGAGUCUUUGUCGGCAUUCGUCGGCGGGGGGGCUACACGCAGUAGCGUCUUCUUCCCUGUCACUGCGCGUGCCCUUCAAACGCCAUACAGGAUUGUCACGGGAGGAUCUUCACCCAUAGCACUGAAGAGGUUUACAGGCUGCAGCGGGCUGGCUGCUCGAGCUGGGAAGCAUUCUAGGUGUGUACUCUCCGUAAGAACAACAAGAUCCCCUUAUUCUUAUCGGACUGUGGACAGAGUUGUGAUGGCGACGACAACCUUUGGUGGGGAAGGGAGGAACGGAGAAGAGCAUCCUCUAGAUGGUAGCCAUGUGAUGAGCAUCACUGAGCCUUUGUUGUCAUCUGGUUCAGGCUCAUCGUCCUCUGCUGCAUUCCGACGGCUGCAGACGGCAGGAAGCCUGGAAGGUAAUGGUCUUGAUUGCAGUGGGUCCGACACCAAGCUGUCGGUGCAGAGGCUCCACUUCACUGCUCCCAAUGGCGCGAAGAUCUUGGACGACAUCUCUUUCGAGGUAUGCCGAGGCGAAAUCUUUGCGCUUUUAGGACCCAAUGGGAGUGGGAAGACGACCAUCCUACGCGCGAUGAAUCGGUUAUGGCAGCCGCCGUGCGACAGUGUCUUCUUGAACGGUGAGGAUGUGACGAAGAUGAGUGCCCCGGUGUUGCGCAGACGUGUAGGGAUGAUGUUCCAAGCGACAUGUCUGUUCGACGGGUCCGUCGCAGACAACGUAAGGUAUGGUCCAGCUCUCCAAGGGAAGAACCUUCCGGACGCCGAAGUGGGGGAACUUCUCAACACAGUGGGUCUGGAGGCGGAGCUGGCGUCCAGGUCAGUGGCAGGAUUGUCAGGAGGCCAGGCACAGAGAGUCGCUCUGGCCCGAGUGCUGGCGAACAACCCAGAGGUUCUGCUUCUGGAUGAACCGACCAGUGCUCUUGAUCCUACGGCAACAAGGACAGUAGAGAAAACGAUCCUCUCGCUCCGAGAGAACUGCGGAUUGACGGUCGUGAUGGUGUCGCACAACAUCGAUCAGGUCCGGCGGCUAGCAGACAGGGUCUGUUUUCUCAAGGCAGGGAGGGUUGAGGGUAUCUGUCAUUCCAAAGAGCUGGAGGAUGGCCCCGACAGCGUCCAGAACCCUUGGCUGAGUAAGUACUUGGGAGAGGUGGAGCUGGAAAAUGGGUCUGGCUUGUGAACGGAAGGCCACCCCUGCCAAAUGAACGCUAUAGCAGUUUGUAAAUAUAUAUAUUUAAUCAAUUUUUAUGUAUAAAGGCUUACCUGGGUUUGUCUUCGUCAGAAAGGAGUAGCAGGGUAGAGAGAACACCUCCCUCAAGUGAGGAUGCCGCAUGGCUGCCGACCGCAGAAGCACGAAUAGUGCCAACCAUUCAUCAGCCAGUGCACUUGCAGGGGGGGUGCCCAGUGCCUUGUGUGUGGCCAAAGCAGUCACAGGUAAUCUCUCGCACUCUCCUCUCCCCCCCUCCUCUCCCCCCCUCCUCUCCCCUACCCUUCCCCUCCUCUUCUACGCCCUGCAUAUUGUUUUUCAGAGUCGGUUUACUUUAUUAAAGU